AUGUAAUUGGAAUAUCAUUCUUUUAAUCAUUAUUUUUAAUUCACUUUUCUCAACAAGCCAUUUAGUAAUUAAUUUGAAUACAUGAAAAUUUUAAUCACUGAAUCAUUAAUAGUUUUUAAUUCAAUUUCAAUUUUACUUUAUCUUUACUAAGUUGAAUUGACUUAAAAAUCACAGAUUAUAAUCAAUAUUGGAUGGUUGUACAUAUCUACUUUUUCAUUGAUUUUGGCAGCUACUUUUAUAAUUGAUUUAGAAUAGUAUAUAAAAAAACUAAUUAAAUUUAUUGGGAUUGUUGUUAAGAAACAAGAAUAAUAACUGGAGCCAAUAUUUCAUUGA